AUUUUCUUGUUCCACAGGAAAGGGAUACGUUCACGAUCACUGGUGAUGACUGUUGUUGUGUUCAAUCUGUUGCAAGAAUAGUAGGCUACUAGUCAUGGGUGGUUUGUGGAUAGAAAAGACCGCAAAGGAAUUUAAAUUAAUAGAACUUCCAGAAAAUUGAAAAAGAUAUUAAAAAAAAACUACGUGCAAGAGGUUAAAGUAUUUAGCGCUAGGUGGAGAAAAUCAAGGACCUUUGCAACUGACAUGAAAAAUAAUCUGAAAUAAACUAAAACUUAAAAAAUUUAACAGCUUUUACAAAGCCUUGUUUUAGCCCAAUGAAUCAAUAAAUAAAUAAUCAUUAACAAGAAUGACAGCCGGCAUAGAAAUUGUCGAAGUGUCCUUAUCAUAUACCAUGCAUAUACCAUAGGCAUAGGCUGCACUAUGUGGGGGCGGGGCGGCCGGGCGGGGUAAGCUGGACUGCUGGAGCCGGAGAGGGAAAGAACGUUGUAUCGUACCACCUGUUGUUAUGAAUUUUGAUUUAGUUUAAGCACAAUUUUUUCAACUCUACAGUGUUGUUAUCUCAGUACUUAAGGGCAUUUCCACAUUUUUAUAAUGGCAAAAAAAUCGCUUUCCUCAAAUCGUUUGGACUACGAUUAUUUGUUUAAAUUUUUAGCUUUAGGAAAUGCUGGAGUUGGGAAAACAAGUUUUCUGUAUCAGUAUACAGAUGGUGUGUUCAAUUCAAAGUUUACAACAACUGUUGGAAUAGAUUUUCGGGAAAAACGUGUUGUAUACCGUGCAAAAAACUCAGAGGGAAUGCAAGGCAGAAGCCAAAGAAUUCAUUUACAGUUAUGGGAUACUGCAGGCCAAGAGAGAUUUCGAAGUCUUACCACUGCAUUUUUUAGAGACUCAAUGGGAUUUUUAUUGCUGUUUGAUUUAACUAAUGAACAGUCCUUUCUAUCUAUACGAAGCUGGUUAGAGCAAUUAAAGACUCAUGCUUAUACAGACAAUCCUGAUAUAGUUCUUUGUGGAAACAAAGCUGAUCUUGAUGAUCAAAGAGAAGUUUCUGAAGAAGAUGCUAAAGAGACGGCAUCUCGAUACGGGUUAUCCUAUCUUGAAACAUCUGCUGCAACUGGUCAAAAUGUUAACAUUGCUGUAGAACUUCUUCUGGAAAAGGUUAUGCUUAGAAUGGAUCAAGCUGUUGAAGAUACAUUUGGUACUGGCCAAAAAGGGAAAACCAUACAGUUGAAGAACUCUCCGGAUGGUAGUCAGGGAUGCGCAUGUUGAAUAUUUUUCCGUCAUUUUUGUUGAAUUAAAUGUUCAUUGUGCUAUUUGUAGAAUUCAGUGUGAUAAAGCUUUAUUGUUGACAAUUUUGUAACAGUUACUUUUCUCACGUCAAUUUUAAUAUUAUUUGCUGUGUUCAUUCUAGUCCAAUGAAAAAUAAUAAAACUUCCCACAAAUGUAAA